UCAUUAAAUACUAGCACUAACAUGCGCUGGUGUCCUGCAGCUGAUAAAUCCAGGAAAGAGGAUUCGUUGGGUUUUGGGAUUUUGGAUACUCUUUUUAAGCAUAACAAUAACAUCACCCAAAAGAUUCACAGAAAGUGAGAGCUAAUUUUAGAUAACAGUAGAUAGAGAGACUUUGAGAGAGUGAAAGAAAGAAACUGUUUUUGUGUACUACUAAGUUUUGGAUUAUUGUGUCGGAAGAUUUUAUAAGAUCUUCUCUAUCUAUCUAUAUAUAUUUUUCUUCUAAAACUCAAUCCAUUCCAUAGUGCUUCAAAGAAACAAAAAUGGAUGCUGAUUUGAGUUCUUCUUGGGAUAUGGAUGAUGAAUAUGAGAAAUUAAUUAAGAGAAUGAAUCCACCCAGUGUUGUAAUGGAUAAUGAAGCUUGCAAGAACGCGACCGUUAUUCGGGUGGAUAGUGCAAACAAACAUGGAAUACUUCUGGAUGUUGUUCAAGUUCUUACUGAUCUUAACCUUAUCAUAACGAAAGCUUAUAUCUCUUCUGAUGGAGGAUGGUUUAUGGAUGUUUUUAAUGUAACUGAUCAAGAUGGGAACAAGCUUCAAGAUGAAGGAAUACUUGAUUAUAUUCGUAAGUCUCUUGGAGCUGAUUCGGAUUUUAUACCAACGCGUAAUAGAUCGGUUGGAGUUGAAUCCGUAACUGACCACACUGCAAUCGAGUUGACGGGGAAUGAUCGGCCGGGGCUACUAUCCGAAGUCAGUGCAGUACUCACUGACCUGAAAUGUAAUGUUGUGAGUGCUGAAGUCUGGACUCAUAACACAAGAGCUGCAGCUGUUGUGCGCGUAACUGAUGAGUCGAGCGGGUCUGCCAUAACCGAUCCGCACAGACUCUUGAGGAUCAAACAACUUUUAUGUAAUGUGCUUAGGGGAAAUAAUAAAAUCCGGGAAGCGAAAACUGUGAUUUCUAAUGUGGAAAUCAACACUGAUAGAAGACUUCACCAGAUGAUGUUUGCUGAUAGGGAUUAUGAACGAGCGGAUGAUUAUAUACAAAAGAGGCCUAGUGUUACGGUUGUGAAUUGGUGCGAUAAAGACUACUCUGUGGUUACCAUAAGGUGCAAGGAUAGGCCUAAGCUUCUUUUCGAUACGGUUUGCACUUUGACUGAUAUGAAAUAUGUAGUUUUUCAUGCUAAUGUUGAUGCUGAGCAGCCAGAAGCUUAUCAGGAAUACUGCAUCAGGCAGUUGGAUGGUUUUCCUGUUAAUUCAGAAGCAGAAAGGCAAAGGCUGAUUCAGUGUUUAGAAGCAGCAAUAGAGAGAAGAGUAUCUGAUGGAUUGAAGCUAGAGCUGUGUACAACUGAUAGGGUUGGGUUGCUAUCUAAUGUCACCCGAAUCUUCAGAGAGAACAGCUUAUCUGUAACAAGAGCGGAAGUGGCUACCAAAGCAGGCAAAGCCAUCAACACUUUUUAUGUCCGAGAUUCAUCUGGAAAUCCUGUUGAUGCCAAGAUAAUUGAUUACAUUAGGCAAGUGAUUGGUCAGACAAUUCUGCAAGUGAAAGGCAGCUCUGAGUAUUCCAAUUCUCCUGCACAAGAGUCUCCUACCCGGUUUCUCUUUGGCGGUCUCUUCAAGUCAAGGUCCUUCGUUAAUUUUGGAAUAGUUAGACAGUGAGGAAGAACUGCCUCAAUGUAAGUUGUUGUUGUUGAUGUUGUUUCAUUCUCAAGUGUGUAUAUUCCAUCACAUUAGAGAAAAAAUGGAUACCCAUGUUGUAGUAGAUGCCGUAGACCAUAGUGAUAGAAGUAGUGGGAGAAACCGCAGGACACAUUUAUGGCUCCUUAGGAAAACUCAAGUUGUAACUUACAACCAAUGAUCGUUGGGUAACAUUGUAUGCAGUAAAAUGGGAUUCAAAUUGGACUGCAGAAAUCCCUUGUACAGAAUCAAAUUAUCAGCAUUUUAGUUAUUAUUCGUUCUUUGCUUA